AUGGGCAUGUCUUACGUCUACAUUCAUGUUCAGGCCUAUGCGGCCGACGCCUUCAAUGUUGCCGAUUGUCUCUUUGAGCUCCGGAGUGGUGAUGCCACCACCCUCAGCACCAACUGCAUCUCUGAGCUCCUCCGGAUUGUAGACCAGCAGUCAGCUACGAUCAACAUGGCUAGCAAGAUCGAAUCCUGCUUUGGCGAGGUAUCCCCUCCUUCAUACCGCGAUGGAUCCAAGGCGGUCACGAACGCGACCCAGGACUUGGCUCUGAACAGCGCCCACCACCUUCAUCUCGAUGUCCAGGCCGGUCGCAGCAGCCCCGGGACGCAUACCAGCAAUGCCACCUGA